GAGAGAGCGAGAGAGAGAGAGAGAAGCUUGUAUGUGCCUUCUUUCACUAUCCAGUCUUCUUCAUAUGUCAAAGAUGCAGGUUGCUUGUGGUGGACAAUCCCUCUGGAUAUUUCUGUUAUUCACUUCUCUACAGCUCUGGGGAAGGCUUUCAGCUUCUGCUUCUACCGCCGCUCCCCUGCCGCCGCCGCCGCCGCCGACACUUUUCAUCCAUUCAAGGUCAAAGUGCGCCACGGUUGUGGCUUGCCGGGCACCAGCGGGCCACCGGGGGGAUACGUUCAUGUUAUUCCGGGAGAACAGAGAGAAGGUGGACUCUCGAGAGCUGCAGUCCAGCGCUGAGGAGGUUCUCUUCACUGUGAGAGUCAGUGAGUGGGAUUCGGUCCGGCUCUUCUGCUGUCUCUACCUGGAGCAGGGUUCUCCUUACAGUCCGUUCAGUCCCUAUCUGAAGUUGGAAACCCCAAAGGGUACUGCCCCCGCCUGCUCGUUGCCCCCUCCCGUGUUGUCCGUGGAUCCGCCCGGCGGCGCGGUAAAGCGCGGGGACACGCUGUCCUUCACGUGCUCGGCCCCCGUCCCCUCCGGGUCCCGCUCCCGGCCGAGCCACGGCGAGGCGCUGACCUUCCUCCUGCUGGGGGCCGCCGAGCGGACGGGGCCGCCGCCGCCGGUCGUCCUCGAGCCUCGGUCCAGUCGGGGGUCGAGCGCCGGACCCCAGCCGGGGGUCUUCAGCGUGGGGCCGGUGAGCGGAGGAGAGGGGGGAGGCUACAAGUGCAUUUACCAGGUCACAAGAGGGUCGUUGGUCAACUCGAGCGUCAGUAACGUGGUUCACAUCACUAUCACAGACGCCUUGCCGGUUCCCACCCUCGUCCUCCAGCAGCAGACGGGCGCGUGGCGUUUGCGCUGCACGGGCCCGCCCGCCUAUCCCGGCGCUGUGUUUUCCCUCUACCCGGCUGCUUCCAACGUUCCUGUCGCCACUCAACGCGCCGCCAACCAUCAGGUCACCUUCCAAGUGCCUGUCCAGGACACCCCAGUGGCUUCUUACCAGUGCCAGUACGAUGUGCCGCUGGGAAGCCAGUGGGCAAAGUCAGAGCGCAGCCUCCCAUUGGCUGUAACCAGAGGAUUUCCCGAUCCAUCGCCAACAGAUUUGCCCGCUGUGGACUGGCCUCUGGUGUUGGGCUCCUUCUCGGCCGGAGUGUUGUUUCUCGCCGUGGUGGCACUCGUGGUUGUGGUUUCACACAGGAAAGUCAAAGCAGUAGCCGAGGAAAAAAAGAGAAGGCAGGAUGCUCAGUUCUGGACUAAAGUUCAUGCCAAGGACCAUGUCGUAGACCUUACACUCAGGCGAACAAGCUUCCCCACCCAGGAAUGGGAACGUUUGGACUCGACUACUGAGACAGCCUCCAGGUCUCCACUAUGGAACGCACACUCCACAUUCACAACCCCCAUCCGUUAGAGAUGUUUCUUUUCUUCAUCUUCCUCUGGGUGUGUUUGUACCUUAUUUGAGUCCAUCAAUGUAGCAUCGGGCGGAGUUACACAGCAGAACAGGAAGGUCUAUUUCCUAAGUUCCUAUUGCUGCCAUUCAUGUGUAGCAGUAUUAUUGUACAAUUUGACAGGAUGUGAUGUAUGUGAUCUGACCUUUCAUGCUACUGAGCUAGUGAAUAUGCAGUCAGGUCCAUAAAUAGACAUUGACUCAAUUUUCAUCAAUUUGGCUCUGUAUACCACCGCAACGGAUUCAAGAAGGAACAAUCAACGAUGUGCUUAAAUUUGAGGGUAUUUACAUUCAAAUCAGGUGAACGGUUCAGAAAUCACAACAACUUGUACAUGUGCCCCUUUUUUAAGGGACAGAUUUAGCUAAUGAUGUGCAACUAAACAUGCGUGCAGUGAGGAAAAGCCUACUCCUGACAUUGCUGUAGUUUUGGUAAAUGACCCACAGAGGGCGCCGUUUGGACACAAAUUGAAUUUCAAGCACACACACACACACACACACACACACACACACACACCACACACCACACAGUAUUUUAAAGAGCGCCGUUUAUCUAGUUGAUCUGCAUUAUAAUGAGAAAAACAGGAGCAUUGUUCAGUGGAACAGUGUGACUCAGACGAAGCAGAGAGUGUCUGCACCAGCUUACUUCUUACCUCUUAGUACUUAGGAUUUUUUUUUAAGUCAAUGUGCUGAGUCUUCAAUAGUGUGUGAAAGUAAGAAGGUAAAAGGACCGAGGAGAGAGAGCCGCCUCCCACCUGUUUUUGUGGGUUUUAUGGAGGACAUAACUCAGUAGAUAAGAAAGAACUGUCUCUUUAUGAGGACUGCGUUACGUUUUACUGGCCCUUAAAACCGCAAAGGGCUUUCUAUCAGUGGCAGAAAUAGAUUCAGGGGACGGUUCGGCUUGAUUUUUCUUUCAUAAAUGGAAAAAUAUGUAUUUUUGGAUUGCAAAGUCUGCUUGAUUCCUAAUGCUUGAGUCAGUGUACUCUUGUCUCUGCCACUCAGCGAAGAUAUUCAGCUUCAGAUUAUGGCCUUUCGGCUGAUUUCAGCCGAGGCUCCAGCGCUGUGAUGAAUUGAGGAAGCCUCCCCACAGCAGACUGGCUGCUGCGUAUGUGACACACGAGCCAGGUCGAUAUUAAUUGAAAUGGGCCAUCUCAAAACUCGUGACAAUUGCCCUUUUAACACCGCCCCGUGCUGUGCCUCCAUGUUGAUCGCUGAAGGAGAGCGCGCAGACUCAAACAUGAAGGUGUGUGCUUCAAUCUGAAGACUGUGGCACUUUUGGCGGAUGCUUUGGGUUGAUGUUUUUAUGACGAGAUCGAGGAUUAAACCAUGAACCGUAUAAAGGCAGAGAAUGUGGUCAUUGGGACUGCCAUUUUGAUUCUUUGAGUUUUAGCCGGGUAUGCUUUUCAAAAGCAGUGAACAGAGGUGACCAUUGGAGAGAAGGUGUGGAGUAGAAACGGCGUGCGUAGCUCUGGUAGCCUCAGCAACCUUUCAAUCACGAGGUUGCCCCGCCCCCUAAAGGAUACCAUGCUUUAUGGCCUAUUUUAAUCUAAAGAGAAGCAUCAUUUAAAUAAACCUCAUGGUGAAUUGGAAAACCGUAAGCUAGCGGUUGACACCAUUAACCAAUGUUUACAAUGUUUGGCGAUGUAAUAAAUCAAGUGAGAAGUAGGUUAUUUUCUCGUGGACUCAUUCAAUCUGACUUCCUUUUGUUACCAGAGGUAAACAUCAGGAAAAUGGUUUUAAGGACACUGCCUCACUUUUCAGAACUGGAGGGUGCCGCUUGAAACGUGGCUAGCUAAAAACAUCAGCAUGUUAAAGGAUCAUUUUGGCACCCUAUGUCUACCAAGCGGCUAGCUGUUAGCAAGCUAACGUUAGCUACGUUUUAACCACUUACUGUACUUUACUCUGUGAAUUCCACAUUCCACCAGCUGUGUACGGUUAAAAUAUUCUAGCAUAACUUGCAUGGUUAGUGUAGGCGACGUGGUUUGCUUAGUGUCACCGAGAGGCUGAGUAGGGGAGAAAUCCGCGGACGCGCUUUGAUUCAAUGACAUCCGGAUGCGGUAACCGUUCACUUUAGUUUUAAUUUAAAGUACAUUUAUAUGAGUAUCGGUGUUUGCAAUAUUUAAUAUCGUUUUAUAAUAAUCUCCGUCUCUCACCCCCUCUCUUUCCCAUUUUCCCAACCAAACUUGAUGACGCCCUUUUAUCCCCAUUGAAACCAACGAACACCAUGUGACUCAAUUAACGUUAGAGGCAGGAAAAAAGGGGCGUACCAGGGAGCACCAACAAUACCUGGCUCCUACAGUUAGCCUAAACCCGAACCGAAUGCUCGCUGCUCACUGAGUGCCAAAUCGAUAAAGAAUGAUGCUUUUCCUUUCUUCUCCGAUGUGUGCGGGAUGUAUAUGUGCUCUGUGUCUGUCUCCACCCACAGCUGGAGGAUCACUUUGAUAAAGGUGCACCAUAUUGUUUUCACAAUUGGGCUUCAGGUGGGAGGCUUAAAGGGACAGGCGCUUCGAUGAAGGGUUUCAGACUAAGGGGGGACUACAGAAAGCAUUGAGAAAGAAGGUGUGAAACAAACAAUAUAAAUGUGAUAAAUGAAAUAAAAAUGUUUCCGGACACAGUGUGUGAAUAUGUUCUGUUAGAAACCCCGAAAAGUAUGAUUCUGAAUAUCAACCAGAAAAAUGCUUGUUUUGGAACAGAUCUCCUGGACCACGCUUUUGUUACUCUUGUUUCUGGGUCCUCUCUGUACAUUAAGACGGAUUUUUGUUACGGUGAUUCUCUGUGACUCAGAAGUGCCAUUUUACUCCCUCUGCUUUUGAACAUCAAGGAAACACAACACGCACACACACGUAAAUCACUAUGACACAUGCGUGGAAGAUUAAUGAACGUAUGUAUCUCUCUCGCACACACGGACUGACGGACCAGUCGACCGCGUGUGUUCCAUCAACACACACACACGCGGUCUUUCUCAUUUCCCAAUGUGUACAUCCUUGGUUCCUUUCCUCACCUCCUCCACUAGCACCGACAAUGGUAGAUGCGAGCGGAGGAGGACACUGUUGCCCUGAAGCCAUCAUUUUAAAGCAGCAACAGUCGGAUACGAUGCAUCGGCUGCAUCGGCUGUCUGGUGCUUUUUUCUACUGAUGUAUCGUAUUAUCACCGUCUGAUGAGCAUAGCAGUGUUCACUCAGAUAUUUACUACUCGCUCAACUCAGAUUGGCACAAUGUGAACAGAAUGUCAUGCAUCUU